AUGGUGUUUCUGGACUACUACUUCUUUGCUGAAAGAUAUUUGGUAAACCACACCAUUGAAAAGAAACGAGUCAAUAACUUGGAUGACUGUGAGCUAAUGUGCUACCUGAACGACGACUGUGUCAGUCUUAAUUUCAAAAAAGAUCCAGAGGAUGGGGAACCACUUCACAUCUGUGAACUAAAUAACGCCACUCAUCUGAAAGACGACAGUGACUUGACAACUGAUGCCAAUUUUUAUUAUCGUGGGUCGAGGGUGAGUUACAAAUCGAUUUUUCGAAAUUGUGGCUUUUGAAUAAUAUAAUAACAAUAAUUAAUGUUUAUGCAAAUUUUCGUGUAUUCGAUCAUUCGGUAUUUCGUUUCUUCUUUCCACUUCAUUUUUCUUCUUCUUUAGAACGCUUGUGACAAGAGUCCCCACUGAGGA